AUGGCACCGGCGAGCCGUCGCCUACAUACACCGCUCACAGCAACCAGUGAGCCCAGUUCGACACUCCAUCUGCCUCGAAUUCUCUGUCUCCACGGCGGUGGAACAAAUACACGUAUAUUCAGAGCACAAUGCCGUAUCCUCCGAGCCUUUCUACAGCCAUACGUGCGAUUGGUCUUUGCCGAAGCACCGUAUGCUAGCAAGCCAGGCCCUGACGUGGUAUGCGUCUACUCAGACUGGGGACCGUUCCGCAGCUGGUUACCACCACCCGAUACACCAUUAUCAACUGAGCAGGAUAUAAGCAACUAUACCGAAGAUAUCGAUUGGUGUCUGCAAGCGGCAAUAGAGGAGGACAACUUAACCGGCGCCACAGGCGAGAUUAUUGGGCUGCUAGGCUUUAGCCAAGGGGCACGGAUGGCGGCAAGUCUGCUGCUACGGACACAAGAAAACAUGGCACAACAUACCGGACACUGUCUGCCACAGUUCCGAUUUGCUGUGCUGCUUGCCGGCCGUGGCCCCUUUGUCCAGCUACACACGCCUAGUGAAAGCCCACGCCCGCGGGGGCGCACACCACAAGACCGCCUCCUGCUCCAUCUCCCUACUGUACACGUACACGGACUUUUGGACCACGGGCUGCCUCACCACCAGGAGCUUCUCGGACACUUAUGCGCGGCCGGCAGCACGACACUGAUAGAGUGGGAUGGUGGGCAUCGAGUGCCCAUCAAGACAAAGGACGUCAGUGUUGUUGUGGCAGCUAUUCUUGAUGUGGUUAGGCGUACGGGCGCCACCACAUGA